GGAUGGACCUUGAGUGAAGUGGAGGGGCUGGGAGCUGCCGACCAGUGCAGGGACACGAGCAACUCUUGGCUCACGGAGGUAGGCUGGACCACGUUCAUGGCUCUCGGGUAGAAAGCAGUGAAACGGCCAGAAUGAAUUCUAUGGACAGACACAUCCAGCAGACCAAUGACCGUCUGCAGUGCAUCAAGCAGCACUUACAGAACCCCGCCAACUUCCACAAUGCUGCCACAGAGCUGCUGGAUUGGUGUGGAGACCCGCGAGCCUUCCAGCGGCCCUUUGAGCAGAGCCUCAUGGGCUGCCUGACGGUGGUUAGCCGCGUGGCUGCCCAACAGGGGUUUGACCUGGACCUGGGCUACAGACUCUUGGCCGUGUGUGCUGCCAAUCGAGACAAGUUCACCCCCAAGUCUGCUGCCCUGCUGUCCUCCUGGUGUGAAGAACUUGGCCGCCUGCUGUUGCUCCGACAUCAGAAGAGCCGCCAGAACGACCCCCCUGGGAAACUCCCCAUGCAGCCCCCCCUCAACUCCAUGAGCUCCAUGAAACCCACUCUGUCGCACAGUGAUGGGUCAUUUCCUUAUGACUCUGUCCCUUGGCAGCAGAACACCAAUCAGCCUCCCGGCUCCCUCUCUGUGGUCACCACGGUGUGGGGAGUGACCAACACAUCCCAGAGUCAGGUCCUCGGGAACCCUAUGGCCAACGCCAACAACCCUAUGAAUCCGGGCGGCAACCCCAUGGCGUCAGGCAUGAGCACCAGCAACCCCGGCCUCAACUCCUCACAGUUCGCGGGGCAGCAACAGCAGUUCUCCACCAAGGCUGGCCCUGCACAGCCCUACAUCCAGCCCAACAUGUAUGGCCGGCCCAGCUACCCCGGGAGUGGGGGCUUCGGAGCCAGUUACCCCGGGGGUCCUAGUGCCCCUGCAGGCAUGGGCAUCCCUCCACACACCCGGCCUCCUGCUGAUUUCACCCAACCAGCUGCAGCUGCUGCAGCAGCUGCAGUAGCAGCAGCAGCCGCCACAGCCACUGCCACAGCCACAGCCACAGUGGCAGCCUUGCAGGAGACACAGAACAAGGAUAUAAACCAGUAUGGACCGGUGUGUUCCUCUUUCCAGAUGGGUCCCACCCAGGCGUAUAACAGCCAAUUCAUGAACCAACCCGGGCCUCGGGGGCCUGCCUCCAUGGGGGGCAGCAUGAAUCCUGCCAGCAUGGCAGCUGGCUUGACACCCUCGGGGAUGAGCGGCCCUCCCAUGGGCAUGAACCAGCCCCGACCACCCGGCAUCAGCCCCUUUGGCACACACGGGCAGAGGAUGCCCCAGCAGACCUACCCCGGCCCCCGGCCCCAGUCCCUUCCCAUUCAGAGCAUAAAGAGGCCAUACCCAGGAGAGCCCAACUAUGGAAACCAGCAAUAUGGACCAAACAGCCAGUUCCCCACCCAGCCAGGCCAGUACCCCACCCCUAACCCCCCGAGGCCACUCACAUCUCCCAACUACCCUGGACAAAGGAUGCCGAGCCAACCCAGCACCGGGCAGUACCCACCCCCCACGGUCAACAUGGGGCAGUAUUACAAGCCAGAACAGUUUAAUGGUCAGAACACCACCUUCUCUGGAAGCAGCUACAGCGGUUAUAGCCAAGGGAGCGUCAACAGGCCUCCCAGGCCGGUUCCUGUGGCAAAUUACCCCCACUCACCUGUUCCAGGGAACCCCACGCCCCCAAUGACUCCCGGGAGCAGCAUACCUCCCUAUCUAUCCCCUAGCCAAGAUGUCAAGCCACCCUUCCCACCUGACAUCAAGCCAAAUAUGAGCGCUCUGCCACCGCCCCCAGCCAACCACAAUGAUGAGCUGCGGCUCACAUUCCCCGUGCGGGAUGGCGUGGUUCUGGAGCCCUUCCGCCUGGAGCACAACCUGGCCGUCAGCAACCAUGUGUUCCACCUGCGGCCCACGGUUCACCAGACGCUGAUGUGGAGGUCAGACCUGGAGCUGCAGUUCAAGUGCUACCACCACGAGGACCGGCAGAUGAACACCAACUGGCCAGCCUCAGUGCAGGUCAGCGUCAACGCCACACCCCUCACGAUUGAGCGAGGCGACAACAAGACCUCCCACAAGCCCCUGCACCUCAAGCAUGUCUGCCAGCCGGGCCGUAACACCAUCCAGAUCACUGUCACCGCCUGCUGCUGUUCCCACCUCUUCGUACUGCAGCUGGUGCACCGGCCCUCUGUGCGCUCCGUGCUGCAGGGCCUCCUCAAGAAGCGCCUACUGCCCGCCGAGCACUGCAUCACCAAAAUCAAGCGGAAUUUCAGCAGUGUGGCUGCCUCCUCGGGCAAUACAACUCUCAAUGGGGAGGAUGGCGUGGAGCAAACCGCCAUCAAGGUGUCUCUGAAGUGCCCCAUCACAUUCCGGCGCAUACAGCUGCCUGCUCGAGGCCACGAUUGCAAGCAUGUUCAGUGCUUCGACCUAGAGUCAUACCUCCAGCUGAAUUGUGAGCGAGGGACCUGGAGGUGUCCUGUGUGCAAUAAAACUGCUCUGCUUGAGGGUCUGGAGGUGGAUCAGUACAUGUGGGGGAUCCUGAAUGCCAUCCAACACUCCGAGUUUGAAGAGGUCACCAUUGACCCUACAUGCAGCUGGCGGCCAGUACCCAUCAAGUCGGACCUCCACAUCAAGGAUGACCCUGAUGGCAUCCCCUCAAAGCGGUUCAAAACCAUGAGCCCCAGCCAGAUGAUCAUGCCCAAUGUCAUGGAGAUGAUCGCUGCUCUGGGCCCUGGCCCGUCUCCCUACCCCCUCCCACCUCCUCCUGGGGGAACCAGUUCCAACGACUACAGCAGCCAAGGAAACAACUACCAGGGCCAUGGCAAUUUUGACUUCCCCCAUGGGAAUCCCGGAGGAACAUCCAUGAACGACUUCAUGCACGGCCCACCUCAGCUCUCCCACCCUCCGGACAUGCCCAACAACAUGGCCGCCCUCGAGAAACCCCUCAGCCACCCCAUGCAGGAAUCUAUGCCCCACGCUGGCAGUUCUGACCAGCCCCAUCCCUCCAUACAACAAGGUUUGCACGUACCACACCCCAGCAGCCAGGCAGGGCCUCCAUUACAUCACAGUGGGGCUCCUCCUCCUUCCCAGCCUCCCCGGCAGCCACCACAGGCCGCUCCCAGCAACCAUCCACACAGCGACCUGACCUUUAACCCCUCCUCAGCCUUAGAGGGUCAGGCCGGAGCACAGGGAGCAUCUGACAUGCCGGAACCUUCACUGGAUCUACUGCCGGAACUCACAAACCCCGAUGAGCUCCUCUCCUACCUGGACCCCCCCGACCUUCCAAGCAAUAGCAACGAUGACCUCCUGUCUCUCUUUGAGAACAACUGAAGGCCACCUUCCAUUAGGGCCAUCCCUACCCACUCUGCCUCCUACCCCCUCUGCCCCACAUACUUGCCCUCCCAGGAGCCCAUGUUCAGGCCUCCCACACCAGGACCUCAGGCUGGGGGCUAAGCAGAGCACACUAGGCAGGGAAGGCCAUGUGGGUCUGCAGUCCUGUUUGCCUGAAUGCUCUGGGGCCUGUGCCCAGAGCAAACCCGAA